UGGCGAGCCUUCUUCCCACGAGGCUCCAUGCAGCAUCUUCGUUUUGACCAUCUGAGCAGCGAACCGCCAUGACGGUGCAGACGAUCUUUCAGGACGCCGUGCGGUCGUCGGCCACACAUCGGAAGAACUAUGUCGCGCUUCGCAAACUCCACCUAAAACGCGGACGAGAGGUUGAGAAAGACAUCCUGAAAUGCGUCGCACGGAUCGUCCCGCUGAAGAAAGGCUUUUUGGAGGCCGAGAGAGGCUUGAAGUUUCUCGACGUCUAUUUUGAAAACUUUAGGAACGAUGCGCCCGACUCUGAAUCUAGCGAAAGGGUGUUGCUUGACGCGCUGCUCAAUAGCUUGUUGCAGUUCUCCGCUAAGGGUCUAAGGGCGAAAGACAAGAACGUCCGAUAUCGAUCUUGUCAACUGGCUCAGGUGACAUUGAAUCACAAGGAAGAUCUUGAGGAUGACCAAUUCACGAUUAUGCGAGAUGGCCUUAUCAUGAGGACCCGUGAUAAAGAGGCUAGCGUCCGUGCGAAAGCUACUUCAGCGCUGUCCAGGUUGCAGGAUUCUGGGGACGAGGAAGAUGACUUUUUGAUUCGGCAAGUGAUGCUGAGUCUGUUGCGGUUCGACUCACAUGCGGAUGUGCGACGAUCCGCCGUGCUGAAUAUAUCCGUGGACGACGAAACGCGUCCGUUUCUUCUCCAACGAGUCCGGGACGUAGAUCCCAAUGUUCGAAAGGCCGCUUAUGAUCAAAUUGGCAGAGAGGUCCAAAGCGUGGACAGCUUAACAACCGAAGAAAUUGAAGCUUUGCUCGGCAGCGGACUAUCCGACCGCAACGCCAAUGUCCAGAAAGCGUGUGUGGAGCUCAUGUGCGACAGGUGGUUGCCGCAAUACGAUGACAAGAUCUUACUGCUUCUUCGACAAAUGGAUGUUAUGUCGGGCAGCGCGGCGGAAGCUGCUGCCAAGGCAUACAUGCUUGUGAAUCCUGGUAUCACCGCUGCUUAUGAAGAUGAAGCGUGGGAUAAUCUCGAUGAAGAGGAGGCGUUUUUCCUCUGCGCUGCUAUUUCAUUCUUUUACGAAAACAAGAUGGAAGAUGAGCUCGAAAACGCCCUACCCCCACUCAUCCGACAUGCCGAGCUCUUGCAGAAAUACGGCUUGCUAAUGUCGCAGACUGAGAACCAGGACGAAACUAUAGCGUUCGCUUUCAUCUUGAAACAACUGCUUCUGAUUGCCGAGUACCAAGAUUUCAGCGAUGAGAUGGGAAGGCGAGAAAUGCUGCUGGCUUUACGGGACAUGGUCAGCACUUUGGACCUGUCUAAGGAAAACAUUCUGAUAAUUGUGCGAAUCAUCAAGCGGCUCUCCACCAACGAGAGUGAUUUUACCAGGGUGGUUAUCGAGGUCCUUUAUACCAUAUACGACGCAGACCUGGCCGACAGCUCGUCCCAACCGAUUGAAGAGUACCCUGAUGAUGAGCGAGCUCAAAUGGACAAAAUCGAGAAAUCCUUGCUACUCCUCAAAUGUCUGGACGUCAUCAACUGUGUGUUGGAAUGCACUGAAGAGAACCUGCAGAACAACGCGGCAAUGACUGGGAUUCUGGAUAGCUUCAUUCUCCCUGCCCUCAAGAAUGAACACCCUGCGAUCCAACAAUCGGGAUUCCACUGUCUCUCACUUGCUUGUCUCUUGGACAGAAAUCUCGCAGAGACCCACUUGCAACUUUUUAUGAGUGCAUUCAAUGAUGCGAGAGAGGGCUUCUCGACGCUUGCCCUCAAGGUCUUCUUCGACUUGACGAUCCUCUUUGGGACGAAUCUGCUAUUGGACACAGGACUCCUUAUCGAGGUGAUCCGCGGGACGCUACAAUGCGAUGACGAGAAGCUCCUUACACUGGCCGUCGAAGGUGUAGCGAAGCUGAUGAUGCUAGGAUACUUGUCAGACGAGCUGAUCCUACAGCAAGUCGUCGUGCUGUACUAUCACCCGCACACGCGGAAGAUGAACCGAUUGAGGCAGUGCCUCAGUUACUUCCUGCCGGUGUUUGCGCAUGCGUCCCACCGGAACCAGCUCCUGCUGAAAGCGAUCCUAGUACCAGCAGUGCAGAUCCUCGCCCAAGAGCACCACGUGAGCAAGGACCUUAUGAUCCAGCCGUUGCAGAUCGCUCAGCAGUUGGUUGACUGGACGGAUGUGCGCAAAGUAGUGGGCAGCUUCAAUCAGAACUCGACAGACGUUGACUCAGGCAUCCACGCUGAUCUCGCCAUCGAGAUUCUGCACGCUCUGCUGAACGAGGCCGAACCGUCCGUUAUGAAACUAUAUGCCCAAAUGUUGGGCAAACUGUAUAUUGGCCAGGACGCCGGGGAAACGCGUUUGCGCACAAUUGGCGAGCUGGCCUCUUCUGCGUUAGGGAUUGCGCAGAAGGGAUCCACGUUCGUCUUGCCUCUGAAGCGGUAAGUGUCAUCUCCGAUGAUCGCAAAGUCGGAUGCAUAUUCUUCCAGAUUUCCCACAAUUUCCACGACCCGCAGGUUCGCGAACGCUGUUGCUGAGAUCGAAGUAAGCACAUCCGUAGCUGAAUAAGAGCAUGAACGUGGACGUGCUAUCGGCGAUCAUCUUGGGGGCCGAGGAGGGACAUUAUGUACAAUCAAGCUUUAGAGUAGGGGUCAAAGACAUGGACGUGCGUCAGCCAGAGGAUAGAUUGGUCGGUCUUGAUUGAUUGUCUUUUUUGCGUAAAGAAAUACAUGGCGUAUAAGCUGGCCAUUCCGAUUGUCCCGCUUUUUGGUGGUUCGAG